AUGAGUGGGCCCUCCCACAUUAAACCUUUAAAUGAAUCGGUCGUGAACAAAAUAGCAGCCGGCGAAAUCAUCGUGGCUCCUGUUAACGCUCUCAAGGAAAUGAUAGAAAAUUCUAUAGAUGCGGGAGCUACAUCAAUUGAGAUUUUGGUAAAAGACGGCGGGUUAAAGGUUUUGCAGGUCACUGACAAUGGGUCAGGAAUCAAUAAGAGUGAUUUGGCCAUUCUAUGUCAGAGAUUCACAACUUCGAAGCUUACCACUUUUGAGGAUUUGAGCUCCAUCCAAACCUUUGGAUUUAGAGGCGAGGCCUUAGCCAGUAUCUCUCAUAUUGCAAGAGUUACAGUUACCACAAAAACUAAGGAAGAUGCUUGCGCCUGGCGAGUGUCAUACUCGGCCGGAAAAAUGCUAGGAGAAGCCAAACCUACUGCGGGUAAGAAUGGGACUGUCAUCUUGGUUGAAGACUUAUUUUACAAUGUGAACUCCCGCCUAAGAGCUCUAAGAAGUCCCAAUGAAGAAUUUGCUAAAAUACUGGAAUGCGUUGGCCGCUACUCGAUAAAUGCUGCUCACGUAGGGUUCUCCUGUAAAAAGUUCGGUGAGUCACAGUUUGCAUUAGCUGUGAGAGCUAGCUCCAAUGCGAAGGAAAGGAUACGAUCAAUUUUUGGUCGUGCUGUUGCGAGCGAGCUAGUUGAAUUUAAGAUGCCCGAAAAUAUGGAGCUCGGUAUAUCUGCCCAUGGCCAGGUUAGUAACCUUAAUUUUGUGAGCAAAAAAGCUAUAUCUCCUGUGCUGUUCAUAAAUAACCGCCUGGUUACAUGUGAUCCCAUUCGCCGGGCAUUGAAUCAAGUGUAUGCUUCCUUCCUAGCGAAGGGCAACAAGCCUUUCAUCUUUUUGAGCCUCAAAAUUCGUCCGGAUUUGGUCGAUGUUAAUGUUCACCCCACAAAGCGGGAAGUCCGUUUUCUGCACGACGAUGAAAUUAUUGAACAACUAUCAAGUCAGUUAGAGAACACGCUUUCAAGCGUGGAUACAUCUCGCUCUUUCAAGACGACCUCUAUUUUCACACCCAACCCGGUGUCAAUUCGAGAAGGACUAGGUCAACCGCAUUCACAUCUUUUUAAUAACAUGCCCAUCACACCGAUCAGCAGCAAGAUUAAGCGACAAGAAAAUAAACUGGUUCGCAUAGAUGCAUCGCAAAACAAAAUUACUAGUUACUUGAAAACUACCGAGUAUUCUCCUCCUGCGGUGAAAGGGACAGAUAGCUCUCAGAACUUUCAAGCCUACCCAAAUGAAGUACCCGAGCCCCAUACACCACAGACGCAAGGACAAAGCACACCUGGAGCACAGAAUGGUAAAAAUUCCAAAUAUACCACACUAUCUAGUCAAAGAGUCGAUGUCAACCUCGCGAGCAUUAAAUCGCUUCGGAAACUAGUUGAUAGUGAGACUGACAAAAAACUGACCAACAUAUUCGCUAAUUUGACGUAUGUCGGUGUUGUCGACGAGCAAAGAAGAUUAGCUGCAAUCCAGCAUGACUUAAGGCUUUUUCUAGUUGACUAUGGCUCGAUUUGCUACGAUCUAUUCUACCAAAUGGGGUUGACUGACUUUGCUAACUUUGGAAAAAUAUAUCUAGAGACGAGUGACGAUGCUUCCAAUAAACACGGAUUGACUGUCAGUUCAAUACUCAAGAACAUCUCGGGUACAGAAAAUGAUUUUAUCAAAAUGGUGCUUAGCAAACUUUGGGAGAUGAGGGAGAUGCUGGACGAGUACUUCUCUAUUGAACUCUAUGGCGGCGAAGAGAAUUUGGAAGCCAUGAUCAUCAAAAGUUUGCCACUUCUUUUGAAAAACUACAUGCCGCCACUUUCAAAGCUUCCACAUUUUUUCUACAGAUUAGGUAGUAAAAUCGACUGGUCUGAUGAAACGCGAUGCUUGCAAGGUAUUUUGAAACAGAUCGCCUUACUAUACGCCCCUGAAGUGAUUGAAAGGAUGGACCCAGAUGACGACUCGGUAGACGAAGAGAUGCGCGCUAGAUACAUCACAAAGCUUGAACAAGUGGCUAAUUUUCUGGAAGAGACAAUAUUCCCCUGCGUGAAAAAAAGGUUAUUGGCACCUAAUUCACUUAAAGGCAGUAUAGUUGAAGUAGCCAACUUGCCCGGCCUGUAUAAAAUAUUUGAGCGCUGUUAG